AUGAACAUACUACUCAUUUUUUGCUUGCUGUUUGGGUCUAUAUUUCACCAUGGCCACGCGGGAUGCAUCAUGCGUGGAUUGUGCCAGAAGCACACUGACGACGCCUACGGGCCAUGUGUAACCAAUGGCACCAAUGUAGAGCCGAUCCUAUUCGAUAAACAACAUCCUGCUUAUGAGAAAAUGAUGGAAUUCUGCCCGCAUAUGAUGGAAGGUGACAACAAACUCUGCUGCACACCAUCGCAAGCGGAAGGUUUGACUAAGCAAAUUGCUCAAGCCCGACAUAUUCUGGGUCGGUGUCCUUCGUGUUUUGACAAUUUCGCCAAGUUAUGGUGCGAGUUCACUUGCAGUCCGAAUCAACAGGAUUUUGUUUCGAUUUCCGAGAUGAAGCCCAUUGAAAAGAAAGAGGGAUUCGAAUCUGAAUACCAACCCGCUGAGGCCUAUGUGAACACUGUUGAGUACAGACUUUCCACGGAGUUUGCUGAAGGAAUGUUCGCUUCUUGUAAGGAUGUCACUUUCGGUGGACAGCCAGCGCUUCGUGUGAUGUGCAUCUCCACUCCAUGUACUCUCACAAACUGGUUGGACUUCAUAGGAACUCAGAAUCUCGACUUGAGCAUUCCAAUCAACACAAACUUCAUCUUGUAUGAUCCAGCUAAGACUCCACAAUCCGAUCGCUCCAUCUUCAUGAAUGUCAACUUUACUGGGUGCGACCAAUCGGCUCGACCUGGCUGGCCGGCUUGCUCAAAGUCGGAGUGCAACAAGGAGGAGUACGCAAAGAUGAUCAACCUGGAUGACGGCAAGACUUCAGGGAAUGAAGAAAAUCGAAAAAAUUUUCAGCAAUCUUGCAAUGUUCACGGAAUCGCAUGCCUCAAUAUCUUUGUUAUGCUGGCAUUUAUUGGAUCUCUGGCUGUCCUCCUUUGUGUGGGAUUCGUGUUCACUUCGUAUGACGAAGAGUACACUAACUUGAGACAAAACCAAGCUGGUCAAGAGUCACCAAAACGAAACCGAAUCCGAAGGACUGGAGCAUGGAUCCAUAAUUUUAUGGAGAACAAUGCACGAGAUAUUGGAAUGAUGGCUGGACGCAACCCAAAAUCACAUUUCUUCAUCGGCUGCGCUGUUCUUAUCUUCUGUCUGCCGGGAAUGAUUUAUCAUCAAGAGUCGACUAAUGUUGUUGAUAUGUGGUCAUCACCAAGAUCCAGAGCUCGUCAAGAGGAGACAGUUUUCAACGCGAACUUUGGACGUCCACAAAGGUAUCAACAAAUCAUGCUGCUCAGUAACAGAGAGUUUCAAACAAAUGGAAAAUUAUAUGGUCCAGUAUUCCAUAAAGACAUCUUCGAGGAACUUUUUGAUAUCUUAAAUGCUAUCAAAAACAUCUCCACCAAAGACGCCGAAGGUCGUACUGUAACACUGGACGAUGUAUGCUACCGACCUAUGGGACCUGGAUAUGAUUGUUUGAUCAUGUCGCCAACCAACUACUUCCAGGCAAGUUCAACUAUACUGUAUGGGGCAAAGAAGAAUCUUGAAUUGAAGAAAGAAGAAAUCGUAUCGGACGAAGAUGACGCAUUCGAUUAUUUCUCAUCAGAAGGAACAACAGAUGAAUGGAUGAAUCACAUUGCUGCCUGUAUUGAUCAGCCAAUGUCACAAAAAACAAAAUCGGGACUGAGUUGUUUUGGAACAUACGGCGGACCAUCGGCACCUAAUAUGGUAUUUGGAAGAAAUACGACAAACUACCAAGCAGCCAACUCUGUGAUGAUGACAUUUCUAGUUACACAGAGAACAGAGCCUGAGAUCCAAAGAGCCGAAUUAUGGGAAAAGGAGUUUAUUAAGUUCUGCAAGGACUAUAGGGAGAAAUCACCGAAAGUUACAUUCUCUUUCAUGGCGGAGAGAUCAAUUCCGGAUGAGAUCGAGAAAGAUGCAAAGGAUGAAAUUGUCACUGUAGUCAUUGCAUUGGCAUUCCUGAUUGGAUACGUCACUUUCUCUUUGGGCCGCUAUUUCGUAUGCGAGAACCAACUUUGGUCAAUUCUGGUCCACUCACGAAUAUGCCUUGGAAUGCUGAGCGUCAUUAUAAAUCUAUUAAGUUCCUUCUGCUCCUGGGGUAUCUUCUCCAUGUUUGGAAUUCAUCCUGUCAAAAAUGCACUCGUCGUCCAGUUCUUUGUUGUUACGUUGCUAGGCGUCUGCCGCACAUUCAUGGUUGUCAAGUACUACGCCCAACUUCGCGUAUCCAUGCCGUACAUGUCGCCAGAUCAGUGUCCAGCGAUUGUAGGGAUGGUCAUGGCUGGAACAAUGCCUGCUAUGUUUAGCAGCUCUUUGGGAUGUGCAUUUAGUUUCUUCAUUGGAGGAUUCACUGAUCUACCAGCUAUCAGAACUUUCUGCCUUUAUGCAGGACUUGCUGUAUUAAUUGAUGUGGUUCUUCAUUGCACUAUCUUCCUCGCUUUAUUCGUUUGGGACACACAGCGAGAGUUGAACGGAAGACCAGAGUUUUUUCUGCCAUUUAAGAUCAAGGACCUCCUUGGUGCUUAUCUCGUUGGAAGACAAAGAUCCACGGACACUUUUAUGUCUCAAUUCUUCCGUUACUCAUUUGCCCCAUUCUUGAUGCAUCGGAUCACUCGUAUUGUUACCGGAGUUAUAUUUGUCGCUUCUUUCAUUGCAACAAUUAUUCUAUCCAGCAAGAUCAGUGUUGGUUUUGAUCAGAGCAUGGCGUUCACUGAGGUAAAAUUUAAACAAAUGUUAGAGAAAAUCAAAAAUGGAAACUUUCAGAAGAGCUACAUCAGCACUCAUUUCCGCUAUAUUGACAAAUUCUUUGAUGUCGGACCUCCAGUAUUUUUCACUGUUGACGGAGAACUUGAUUGGCACAAACCAGAAGUGCAAAAUAAGUUCUGCACUCUUCCAGGAUGCAAUGAUACUUCUUUCGGAAACAUUAUGAACUACGCUGUUGAGCAUACUGAUCAAACGUUCUUAUCUGGAGAAAUGUACAACUGGAUUGACAGCUACCUGGAAUGGAUCAAUAGGAAAAGCCCAUGCUGCAAAGUCUACGUCCAUGACCCCAACACCUUCUGUUCCACGAAUCGAAACAAAACCGCUCUAGAUGACAAGGCGUGUAGAAGUUGUAUGGACUAUGAUGACAUCGCGAAUUCCUAUCCGAAAAAUCACGUUAUGUACAACAGGCCGUCUACUGAGGUUUUCUAUAAACAUUUGAGACACUUUUUGGAAGACACUCCAAAUAUGGAAUGCGCAUUUGGAGGUCGUGCUUCAUUCAAAGGCGCUAUUAGCUUCACUUCUCGAGGAAGAAUCCAAGCCUCCCAAUUCAUGACGUUCCACAAAAAAUUAUCAAUGAGCAACUCCAGUGAUUUCAUAAAAGCUAUGGAAAAUGCUAGAAUGGUAUCUCGGCGUUUGGAACGGUCCAUUGAUGACACUGCCCAUGUGUUCGCCUACAGUAAAAUCUUUCCAUUCUACGAGCAAUACUCCACAAUUAUGCCAAUCCUUACUACUCAACUCUUCAUCACAGUUGUCGGAGUAUUUGGAAUAAUUUGUGUCACGCUUGGAAUUGAUGUCAAAGGAGCAGCUUGCGCCGUCAUUUGUCAAGUAUCCAACUAUUUCCAUAUUGUUGCAUUCAUGUAUCUCGCAAACAUCCCUGUCAAUGCGUUAUCCGCUACCAACCUUGUAAUGUCUUCUGGAAUUCUCAUCGAGUUCUCUGUGAAUGUUCUGAAAGGAUACGCUUGCUCUCUCCGUCCACAUGCCAAGGAUCGUGCUGAAUCUACUGUUGGUAGUAUCGGUCCAAUAAUUCUCUCCGGUCCAGUUGUCACAAUGACAGGUUCCACUUUGUUCUUAUCCGGUGCACAUCUUCAAAUCAUUACGGUACAAACCACUUCUUAUUAUUUUCAUUACGAUUCUUCAUCAUUUCAGGUUUAUUUCUUCCUUCUCUUCCUUAUCACAAUUGUUAGCAGUGCUGUUCAUGCUUUAAUCAUUUUGCCUAUUCUUCUUGCAUUUGGAGGUUCCAGGGGCCAUGGUAGCUCGGAAGCUAGCACUAAUGGAGAUGAUGAGCCGGUAGAAGUGGGGAUGAUUUUCAGGUCUGGAACUGGUGAAAGCCAUGCAAUGGAAGAGGGUGUUCUAAACCGCCCUACUCUUCUAAACACCACUCAUCUGCUAGAUCCACUUCUCAAAUCUGAGACCAAUGAACUUGAUUUAAAAGCCAUAGAUAUCAUCACCAUCGAUCGCUCGUACCCGUCCACGCCAUCAUCGUUGCCAUGCACUUCUCGUUUGCCAAGAGCUCAUAUUGAACCUGAUCUGCGAUCUCUAUAA